AUGAGAUUCAAUCAAGUCAACGGCAUGGUGUACUGGCACGACCCAAUGUGGAGCGGCGGAGGCUCUGAGCAGAGCUUCAUCAACAACAUCACCACGAUGAACCUUGUCAUGGCCUCUGGACUAAGCAUCAUGGACUUGAACGGUAUAUUGCAACUUGACUGGACUCAGGAGCUGGUGAAAGUUCACGAUCAUGGACCCUGCUGGAAGAAGAGAAAUGCUCUUCCCGAAUGA